UCAUCCUAUCAUAGGUUACUUCAUUAGGCAAUUUUGUCUAAAGUCGGUCAUAACACCUUUAAAAGGUGGCCUCUUUGCAUCCAUAGCCUUCAUCCAUUGAUUUCAAAUCUAAUCAAUUAUUCUCUACUAAUCUUCAAAAACCUCUCUCCAGAUGCAGAUCUUUGUCAAAACUCUCACCGGCAAGACCAUCACCCUCGAGGUGGAAAGCUCUGACACUAUUGAUAACGUUAAAGCUAAGAUCCAGGACAAGGAAGGAAUCCCACCAGACCAGCAAAGGCUGAUCUUUGCCGGAAAGCAGCUUGAGGACGGCAGAACCCUAGCUGACUACAACAUCCAGAAGGAAUCGACCCUUCACUUGGUCCUUCGUCUCCGUGGUGGGAUGCAAAUCUUCGUGAAGACCUUGACGGGCAAGACUAUUACCCUUGAGGUCGAAAGCUCCGACACCAUUGACAACGUUAAGGCCAAGAUCCAGGACAAGGAGGGCAUUCCCCCAGACCAGCAAAGAUUAAUCUUUGCCGGCAAGCAGUUGGAAGACGGUCGUACCCUUGCCGAUUACAAUAUUCAGAAGGAAUCAACCCUUCACUUGGUCCUCCGUCUCCGUGGUGGUAUGCAGAUCUUUGUGAAGACUUUGACUGGCAAGACAAUCACCCUUGAGGUUGAAAGUUCCGAUACCAUUGACAACGUCAAGGCCAAGAUCCAGGACAAGGAAGGAAUCCCACCAGACCAGCAAAGGUUGAUUUUUGCUGGUAAACAGUUGGAAGAUGGCCGGACCCUUGCCGAUUACAACAUUCAGAAGGAAUCCACUCUCCAUUUGGUGCUCCGUCUUCGUGGUGGGAUGCAGAUCUUUGUUAAAACCCUCACUGGAAAGACCAUUACCCUUGAGGUUGAAAGCUCCGACACCAUUGACAACGUUAAGGCCAAGAUUCAAGACAAGGAGGGUAUCCCACCAGACCAGCAAAGGUUGAUUUUUGCUGGUAAGCAAUUGGAGGAUGGAAGGACUCUGGCUGAUUACAACAUCCAGAAGGAGUCAACCCUUCACUUGGUCCUUCGUCUUCGUGGUGGUAUGCAGAUUUUUGUGAAGACAUUGACUGGAAAAACCAUCACUUUGGAGGUGGAAAGCUCUGACACAAUUGACAACGUGAAGGCCAAGAUUCAAGACAAGGAAGGGAUCCCACCAGACCAGCAAAGGUUGAUUUUUGCUGGUAAGCAGUUGGAAGACGGAAGGACACUGGCUGAUUACAAUAUUCAGAAGGAAUCGACCCUUCAUCUUGUGUUGAGGCUCAGAGGAGGAAUGCAGAUUUUCGUGAAGACUCUUACCGGCAAGACCAUCACUUUGGAGGUGGAAAGCUCCGACACCAUCGACAACGUUAAGGCCAAGAUUCAGGACAAGGAGGGCAUUCCCCCAGACCAGCAGAGGUUGAUCUUUGCAGGGAAGCAGCUGGAAGAUGGAAGGACGCUGGCGGAUUACAACAUCCAAAAGGAGUCAACUUUGCACCUUGUCCUCCGUCUCCGUGGUGGUCUCUAAAGUAUGCAGAUCUUUGUGAAAACCCUCACCGGAAAGACCAUCACCCUCGAGGUGGAAAGCUCCGACACUAUUGACAAUGUUAAAGCUAAGAUCCAGGACAAGGAAGGCAUUCCCCCAGACCAGCAAAGGCUGAUCUUCGCUGGAAAGCAGCUUGAAGAUGGCAGAACCCUAGCUGAUUACAACAUCCAGAAGGAAUCCACCCUCCACUUGGUGCUUCGUCUGCGUGGUGGUAUGCAAAUCUUCGUUAAGACCCUCACCGGAAAGACGAUUACUCUCGAGGUUGAAAGCUCUGACACGAUCGAUAAUGUUAAGGCCAAGAUUCAGGACAAAGAGGGUAUCCCACCAGACCAGCAAAGGCUGAUUUUUGCUGGCAAGCAAUUGGAAGAUGGCCGUACACUGGCUGACUACAACAUCCAGAAGGAAUCGACCCUUCACUUGGUUCUCCGUCUUCGUGGUGGGAUGCAAAUUUUUGUUAAGACAUUGACUGGCAAGACAAUCACUCUUGAGGUUGAAAGUUCCGACACCAUUGACAACGUCAAAGCCAAGAUCCAGGACAAGGAGGGCAUUCCCCCAGACCAGCAGAGGCUGAUCUUCGCCGGCAAGCAGUUGGAAGAUGGCCGGACCCUCGCCGAUUACAACAUCCAAAAAGAGUCCACUCUCCAUUUGGUGCUCCGUCUCCGGGGUGGGAUGCAGAUCUUUGUUAAAACCCUCACUGGAAAAACAAUCACUCUCGAGGUUGAAAGCUCGGACACCAUAGACAACGUUAAGGCCAAGAUCCAAGACAAGGAAGGAAUCCCACCAGACCAGCAAAGAUUGAUUUUUGCUGGUAAACAGUUGGAAGAUGGAAGGACCCUAGCCGAUUACAACAUUCAAAAAGAGUCCACUCUCCAUUUGGUGCUCCGUCUUCGUGGUGGGAUGCAGAUUUUUUUGAAGACUUUGACUGGCAAGACUAUCACUUUGGAGGUGGAAAGUUCUGACACUAUUGACAACGUGAAGGCUAAGAUUCAGGAAGAGGGAAUUCCACCAGACCAGCAGAGGUUGAUCUUUGCCGGGAAGCAGCUGGAAGAUGGAAGGACUCUGGCGGACUACAACAUCCAAAAGGAGUCAACUUUGCACCUUGUCCUCCGUCUCCGGGGUGGGAUGCAGAUUUUUGUGAAGACAUUGACUGGAAAGACUAUCACUUUGGAGGUGGAAAGUUCUGACACUAUUGACAACGUGAAGGCUAAGAUUCAGGACAAAGAGGGAAUUCCACCAGACCAGCAGAGGUUGAUCUUUGCCGGGAAGCAGCUGGAAGAUGGAAGGACUCUGGCGGACUACAACAUCCAAAAGGGGUCAACUUUGCACCUUGUCCUCCGUCUCCGUGGUGGUCUUUAAAGUGUCUGUUCUUGGUGGUGGUUGUAGCUGCGUCUUGGGUUUUUGUUUAGGUGUUCGUUUGGUUCAUGUAUUAGUGUCUGUUACUUGUG